CGACGCUCAUCCUUCCGAAAACCGCGAUUCUCCGUUCUUUGCUCUGGACAUGAGUCCAGAUCGAAAUCAUGGAGAUCCCCAAGACCGAGGCGGAGGACUCGCCCACAAGCAACCAUGAAACGGGCUCUCUCAUACCUGAGGCCGGAUCAAGUCGGUUCAUUGGAUCCUCCUCUGGGGUGUACUUCAUCAAUACUGUGAAGCAAGCCUUUGCUUCGUCACGGCAGUAUGAAGGAUCUGUCCUUCCUGCUGCCGAAGAAACAGUAGGUGGGGAGGACGAUAUUGCUUCUGCUCGCAAUUCACCCGAGCGUGGUACCCACUACGAAGUCAUCAUUGGAGCCCACAACAACACAGUUGAGAUCAUCAACCGAUCAACGCAGCUGGGUUCAUUACCAACCUACGACACAGCACAACUGCUCGCGGUGGAAUAUUUUCAAACAUGGCAUCCAAUUCUUCCUUUCCUUUCUGGACAAGAAUUUCUGCAAGACCUCGACGCACUCUACUCAGAUUCCAAGGUCAUGAAGGGCGGAAACAGAAUCGCCGUAGACAGGACCCGGACUUGCUACCUUGUCAUCUUACAAUGCGUCUUUUCUAUGGGAGCCUUCACCACCUCAAAUCCAUCCUCCACGCAAACAUCAGUCUUGUCGAAGUCGGACCUGCUCUCUCUUGUUGGCUCACUUGCUUCACGGCAUGAUCUGCUUUCCGUGCAGACAGUUCUCGCCGCACAACUAUAUUGCAUAUCGACCAUGAAUCUGCGCACCGCAUCGUCGUUGGGUGGUCUUCUGAGCAAGCUUGUCUAUCAUGCGGGUCUCCACAGGUGUCCAUAUCGCUAUCCUCAACUCUCUAAUGAGGACCGAGACCUUCGCAAGCGCAUCUUUUGGUCCGCAUAUGCUCUGGACCGGUACCUGGCCCAGUCUCUUGGCAUCCCUGUAUCCUUUCUCGAUUCUGAGAUUGAUGUCUGCGUUUCAGGAAGGAGCGAGAAGCACGAUACGGAAGCUCUCAACACUAACGGAGUGCCUGCCCGUACAACGGGUGCCAAUUCUGGGGCCUCCGGCCAGUCUUCGCCCAGUACCGCGAAUGCUCAUGGAUCUGAUGCUACGCGAUCCCAUGCAGACGAACCUCGCGACGGACCAGGCAACAAUCGCGAAGUCAUUCUUGCCAACUUUGUCGAAUAUGGUAGACUGCUUGGACGAGCGCUGGAGAUCUACCAUGCUUCUCUGCACUCUCGUAAUCAUGAUUCUCGCAAGAUAUUGUUCUUACGGUCAGAUAUUGACAAGUGGUUCAACAGUUUUCCGGAAGAGCCGACCGGACGUGGCGAUCCAGGCGUCGACAUGCAAGUCACUCGCUUCCUGCCGUUUCUGCAUGUCUUGUAUGAACAACUGAUCAUCUCGAUCAAUCGGCCGUCUUUAUCACUACCGCGGUCUGCUCCGGAAUUCCAUCACGGCCUUCAAGUCACGAUUCGAGCCGCGAAGAGAACCAUCCUCGCACUGGAGAAGCAGCCGAACUUGUUCUGGCCUGGGUAUCUUUCUGCUUGCUGGAUGUCCGGGUUGAUCGUAUCAUUUGCUUGCCAGAUCGGAUUGUACAACACAAGACAAGGCUCUCAGGAAAUCCUUCGCUGUCUAGACCUGCUGCGGCGCAUGAGCGAGCGCUGGAAGAGUGCAAAGCGCUGCUACGCAGCUCUAUCAACGCUACUAUCCGAUCUACAGCGUCCAAAGCGACGAGCAGAGUCUGAAGCCAUGACCGAAGAUGAGCUGAACGGACAAAAUCCCAAGCGCAGGCGCCAAGAUAGCAUUGAUCUAGACUCUCCAAAUACGGUCCAGGUCGGGGUGUCUACCACUCCAAGGGCACCGCCAGCGAUGCAAAAUCCGGGAUUCGCUCCUUUUCCGCCGAGUAUCAACUAUGGAGACUGGGACGUGAACGACUUCUUUCAGGAUAUCUCCUGGGAGAACCUGUUCGAUAUUGGAGACAUGCCUCAAGAUGCUGGCUUACAAUUUUUCGCGGGAUGA